AUGUUUCCUUUAGUUAUACCUACAUUCAUCGAAAAAGACAUGAGAAAUGUAGAACCAUUAGCUUCGAUAUUAGACGGUAUUUGUCGUAGUAUCCCCCCUGUUCCAGCAGUUUUAGUGCAUGAUUGCAUGACGCUCUUCUACCCCCUUGCAGGUGGCUAUAGGGGGGUGUACCUCGGCAAGCUACGCCAGGGAUCAUCCUACAGCAGAGGAAUCAGCGUCGAAAAAGGAUACACUCUCCUGCCUAAUAAGUAUGCCACGGGGGGCCUGGGGAGUGCCAGAGGGGAGAGGCCGGGGAGUCGUUCGCCCGGCCUCGUGUCCCCAACGCUGCCGAGGAGGAUCAACGCGCUGGCACCUCUGGAACCAGGCGAUGGACUGGUGAUGUCAAGAGCUGGCUCAACGCGCAGUGUCAUUCCGCCACUCUCAGCUGUGUCCAGACGUUCCAUAAGACAACAGAGCAGGGACGAAGACAUCGUUUCUGAUCCCGAGGAAGACGAAGAUGACGACGAGGAAGAAGAGAGGUCGGAGUACGAUUCUGAAGAUGACGACGAGGAAAUCGAAGAAGAGGAAGUGGAGGAGGUCCUCGGGGAGGAAGGUCGGUCUUCGCGGCCCAAGAGUUCGGCCACGACUCGUGAUAGCGGCAUUUCCAUUUUCUCUGUUUCGAACGACGGAGAACUACUCACAGAAAAUGGAAGCAUACGGGACGAAUCGAGGCAACAGGAAGUGACGUCACGCGCCUCAAGCAGACUAGUGCAACCGGCGGGCGCUUCCCGCCCUCCCUCCAUCCCCUCCGCAAUGGGUGAGUGCCACGUCCGUCUCUUCCCAUUGGCCAGUUUAGGGUAG